AUGAAUGUUCGCGACCCUUUCAACCUCCAUCGACACUCCUCUGCAAUCUCAAUUCUACGAACGACGGCCACUCGAGCGGCGGCUGGCAUAACCGAGAAAGCCGUCGAAGCCGGCGUAAAUGCCAUUGAAGUUGGCAAGCAGGCCGUCGAGGACAUGUCCUUCACGAUUCCAAAAAAUGUGCCAUCGUUUGCGAACCCACAACGGAUGGCCGAGGACCGUUUCUUCGGUAGCGGAGCGACAUCGUCCUUAACAGCUCGCAAUAAAGGCGGCGGCGGCAGCUCCCUCGGCGGUUUCUUCGAAGGCGGACAGAACUCGCAAACGCUCCCAAUGUACAAAGACAAGCCGUACGCGUACCCGCCCUCGCAGCGACAUCGCCCCUUGUGGCGACGGAAGAGCACGGGCGGGUUUAUUCUCGUACUCGUGGCGCUCUUGUACUACUUCGGCGUAUUCUCCCGCCACCACGAGUCCGGCUUAUCGCGAUCAGCGUCAUGGAGCAACUGGCUCCAGGGGCCAGAGCCCGAGAGCCACGCCGACUGGUUACAUAGAAGAGAGCGCGUUGUUGAAGCCUUCGAGCUGAGUUGGGACGCCUACGAACGAUAUGGAUGGGGCUAUGAUCAAUACCACCCGGUUUCGAAAAAGGGCGCGCAGAUGGCGCCGCAGGGUAUGGGCUGGAUCAUAGUCGACGCCUUGGACACCAUGAUUUUGAUGAACCUCACGUCGCGCGUUACACAUGCGCGAGAGUGGAUCUCCAAGUCGUUGACGUGGGACCAGGAUCAGGACGUGAACACAUUCGAGACAACAAUUCGCAUGCUUGGUGGCCUGUUGUCAGCCCACUACCUUGCGAACGAAUACCCGCAGCUGGCUCCCUUGGUUGAUGACGAUGAGGGCGCUCCCGGCGAGGACCUUUACUUAGAGAAGGCAAAGGAUCUCGCAGAUCGCCUCAUGCCAGCCUUUGAAAGUGAAUCCGGAGUUCCUUAUGCCAGUGUCAACUUAGGCAAAGAGAUCGGUCUCCCGUCGCAUGAUGAUGGCGGCGCGUCUUCGACAGCUGAAGCUACGACACUGCAGCUGGAAUUCAAGUACCUCUCCAAGUUGACUGGGGAGAGGUUCUACUGGGACAAGGUGGAGAAGGUAAUGCAGGUCAUCGACGAUAAUGGCGCAAAAGAUGGGCUUGUUCCUAUCUACGUCUAUGCCGACGGCGGCAACUUCCGAGGGCAGAACAUCCGCCUAGGCAGCCGUGGCGACUCCUACUACGAAUACUUGAUCAAGCAGUACCUCCAGACAUCCAAGCAGGAGCCUGUCUACUUGGACAUGUGGACUGAGGCCCUGCAAGGUGUGCGCAACAACUUGAUUACAUACACCGAGCCUUCGGGCUUCACCAUCAUUGGUGAGAGGCCUGACGGUCUCGAUCGCGACCUGUCACCCAAGAUGGACCAUCUAGUCUGCUUCAUGCCCGGAACCAUCGCUCUAGGCGCCACCGGCGGCUUGGCCGAGGCCGAGGCCCGCAAGCUGCCGACAUGGACCAAGAAGAACAGCGACGACAUGCAGCUGGCGAGGGAGCUAAUGCAAACCUGCUGGGGCAUGUACAAGUACAUGGCGACGGGGCUGGCGGCUGAGAUUACCUACUUCAAGGUCGGCAAACCGCCGUUGCAGGAAUCUGCUUCUCACAACCCGCCGGACGAGUUCGACCCCAGCCCUGACGCAAGGUGGCGCAAGGACUUUUCCGUGAAAAGCAACGACGUGCACAACCUUCAGCGUCCCGAGACGGUGGAGAGCCUUUUCUACAUGUGGAGAAUCACGGGCGACUCCAAGUACCGCGAUUGGGGCUGGGAAAUGUUCCGAUCGUUUAUGAAUCAUACGGCGGUUGAAGAUGGAGGCGGCUUUACGAGUUUGGGGAAUGCAAAUGUGAUCCCAUCUCAGAAGAGAGAUAACAUGGAGAGUUUCUGGCUGGCGGAAACAUUGAAAUAUUUCUACCUCCUCUUCUCCCCCAAUGACCUCCUGCCCCUGGACAAGAUCGUCAUCAACACGGAGGCUCACCCCUUCCCUCGCUUCGAGAUGGGUCAACUAUUCUCGACGGGAUGGAAGCGCAAGCCUCGGGAUAAUUCUGGAAAGAUUAUUCCUGAUUCAGGAGAGCGAUGA